GACCAAGACCAAGUGUAAAGUAUCCCGUUUCCGACCGUCUCGGCCUGGCCUCCUUCAUCCCCUCCCACCCGGUAGCUGAUUGGCGUGUUUUUACCUGCAAUCAUAGAUGGACAGUUGCUCCCGGAGAGCCGCGCCGAACUGAACGAACGGACGGAAACGUGAUUUUUUUUUCGACGGUUUGAAUUUAAAAUUUUGUCAAUUUCCUAUCGAUUCGCGGGAGAGCGAAAAAGCCAGCAACGGAACGCGAAAAUCAAAGAAAAAGGAAAAUUUUCCAGUGAAAUGACGACAAAAUUGCGAUGAUGAUGGAUCGUUACCUGCCUUAGUGCAUCGUCGGAGAAAUUCGUAUUGCUCUGUGGGCGACAAGAAGCAGCCAGUCGGUAGCAGAGUAAAUAAAUUAAAAUUUAUGAAUCAACGGGCGUGCUCAUUCACGGGUGAAUAAAUAAAAUCAAUCUCCACCAGGCGGGAAGUGGAAAUUGCAGGUGACUCGCGAGUAGCAGCAGCAGCAACAGCAUCCCAACGAGAAGGCUCUCGCAGCCUGAGGACGGAAGCUCUAAUGGCGUGCUUUGCGAAAAUUUUCUCCAGAAAGCACGGUUCGUUUAACCUUCCCGAUGUUGGCAAGACGAAUGAUGGCAUUGUGCCCGUCCGAUUAAGUCGCAGAAUAUAUGAACAAGAAUUCAAUCCAGCAGUGCGACCCGUGGGCAAAUUUUCUCCAAAAGGAACUGAACGUGAAUCCGGUCUUGGAAGCUUAGAUGAACGACUGAAUAUACCCAAUGGAACGCCCUGGCCGACAAAACCUGCCCCUGCCUCACAGCAACACUUUGAACGGAAAAUUCCUCUGCCGGCCGACAAAGAACGCAUUAGCGCAAGUUCCCAAGAGCCUGACCGAAAUGUUAAUCUGGAGUUACUCAAAGAAAUUGAACAGACCAAAAUACUCCUCCAAUUAGCGUUAGAAUCGAAACUUCGGGAACACCCUAACAACGAUGACCGUCUCCAGCUGGUCAAGCUGGAGAAGGAAAUCAAAGAACUGCAGAACCGAAUCAGUAAAAGUGCCAUAGCUCCAGAGCCUGCGCCAGAACCAAUCAUCAUUAAGGAAAAGGCAAAGCACACCGUUCAGGCUAGUCCACAAUCGAAUAAGUUCGGCUCGAAUCUCCCCCCAGCGAAAUCCGCAUUUAACAGACAAAUAUCGACAGUCCCAACGCGAACCUGGCUGUUGAGUGAAACCUCUGACGACUACGACACAAUCCCGCUCUCAACAUCAAAGGUUCAGCCGGUUCAAGAAGUUUCCAGCUCGGAAGACGAAGGAGAAGAUUUGCGCAUUCGGAACGAUGGGGAUGACACCUCCCAGGACGAGGAGCCGACUCCGCCGAAGCUGCCUCCCCCAAGGGUUCCUUCUGUCGUCGACGACAUGAUUAACCUGCCCGUACCGCUGAGCUUGAUUACAACAGAAAUUGAUAAAGCGCAGCAAGCUCCACCAGUUCCAUCAGGGCCUCCGCCAACGAGGAUUCCCCCUCCAACUCCAAUAGAAGAAAUCUCCACCAAUAAACCAGCUCAACGAGAGUCAGACGAAUCACUACCUCCUCCGAAAAUCGAAGAGUUGAACAGUAGCCGCACAGUAGGAAUUAUGAAGAAGGUUCGUAAAGAAGGUGUUCUGUCGGACAAAACCGAAGUGAAGGGAAGCCGUGAAAUUGUUAUUCCAAGUCAUCCGAAACGAGCUGAAGAUGAGUUGCUGAUAAUCAAAGCCAUUACGGCCAAUGAGUUUUUGAACAAUCUGAUGGACAAGGAACGCUUGAAGGCAGUAACGGACGCUAUGAGCCCGAUGGCGUUCCCUCCGAACAGCUACAUAAUCAAGGAGGGCGAUAUCGGGGCCCAUUUCUUCGUUUCUGCGAGUGGAACCUACGAAGUAGUGGCGGAGAAUAAGGUUAUAAAAUCGUUCGGGCGAGGUGUUGUGUUCGGUGAGUUGGCUAUUUUGUACAAAGCGAAGCGUUUUGCCAGUAUUCGGGUUACAACGGAGGCCAAGGUGUGGAUGUUGGAAAGGAAAGUGUUUCAGAAGAUAAUGAUGAAGAGUGGACGGAAAGAACGAGAGGAGAAUGUCAAGUUCUUAAGUACGGUAUCUAUACUGAAGGAUCUAGAAACUGAAAAGCUUCAUAAAAUAUCUGAUCUGUUGAAAAGGGAAUUUUAUGCAACUGGCUCAACUAUAAUCCAGCAAGGUGAUCCGGGUGAUAAAUUUUAUAUCAUUCGAGGAGGUAGUGUUAAUGUUAUCAAAACGGAUCGACAUGGGUCUGAAAAGCUAGUGGGUACUUUGCAGCGAGGGGCGUACUUUGGUGAGCAGGCUCUACUUCAUGAAGAUCGACGGUUGGCCAGUAUUAUCGCAAAUCCGCCUGGAACCGAAUGCUUGACAUUGAAUCGAAUAGCGUUCAAUGAAUUUCUUGGUGGAUUGGAGAAACUACGUGAAAUAAAAUUAUCGGACGAUAUACCCAGAAUUUCAGGAAACAAAACUACAACAUCGGAGUACGACCACAUCCAGUUGCAUGACUUAACCUACAUCGGCACAUUGGGGAUAGGGGGCUUCGGACGGGUCGAGCUAGUGCAGUAUCAGAAGCAGAAAACGUUCGCCCUCAAGUAUCUGAAGAAGAUUGAAAUGGUACGCCAGCAGCAGCAGGAGCAUGCCUACAGCGAGAAGGACAUUAUGCUUAGCUGUAAUAGCUCGUUUAUUGUGAGAUUGUAUAAAACGUACCGAGAUAAAAAGUAUCUCUACUUCCUGAUGGAAGCUUGCCUGGGAGGCGACGUGUGGACCAUACUGCAGAAGAGCAAACAUUUCGACGAGCGGACGGCACGCUUCAUGGCCGGUUGCGUGGUGGAGGCGUUCGAGUAUCUGCACAGCCGGAACAUGAUCUACCGGGAUCUGAAGCCGGAAAAUUUAAUGCUGGACGAGCGAGGAUACAUCAAGCUGGUGGAUUUCGGUUUCGCCAAGCGCAUCGGGGCGAAUCAGAAAACUUGGACUUUUGCGGGCACGCCGGAGUACGUUUCACCGGAAAUUAUUCUCAACAAAGGCCACGACAGAGCGGUGGAUUACUGGGCCCUGGGCGUUUUCAUCCAUGAACUGCUGGUCGGUAAACCUCCGUUUCGUGGGAAAAAUCACAUGAAGACCUACAACGCCAUUUUGCGAGGCAUCGAUAUUAUUGAAUUACCGUCGAGAAUUCCGAAAAAGGCCCAGGUGCUCAUUAAGCGACUCUGCCGGCAGCUACCGGCCGAGCGGCUCGGUUACGGCAAAAACGGAAUCGCCGAUAUUAAAAACCAUCCGUGGUUCUCGGGCUUCGAAUGGCAGCGAUUAAAAGAGCGUACCAUGCCGGCUCCACUGGUGCGUCAAAUCCAAUCCAACACCGACAUGUCCAACUUUGACGAGUAUCCGAAGGAUCAGGAUGAACCACCAGAUGAAACAUCCGGGUGGGAUAUUAAUUUUUAACUUCCACCUCGGUGAAUGCCAACUAAUUAAAAUUGAUAAAUAUAAGCCGGGUUA